CAAGGAGGGAUACGGAGCCAGUGAUACACUGACAGCAGACAAGGACAGGACGGGAAUACGCCCUCACAGGCUCUCAGGUGGCUGUGGCCUCACAAUCAACACGAUUCAAAGAAAAAACUUCGGAUCGAUUGUCUUUCUAGUGGCCUUUGAUUAUCAAAAAGGUCUACGAAAACUCCAUGAUCAUUGAUGAUAAGUGCAUUGCCUUCUGUAACACAUAUAAACUGCUACAAAGGAACAUCUUGGAUAAAUUCGUAUUUAGGACUGCAGACAAUUCCUUCCAGCAAAGCAAUUGUUUGGAAUAUUGGUCUGCGAAUGAGGCAAACUAACAGGUUCUGGAAAUAAACUGACGAUCAAUGAUUUCAGCAGCAAGUGGCCAGUUUUGUAAUACCACGGAUGCUUCAAUCAAUGAAAAAUGUAACGAAACACCAGGUCCUUUGACAGUUUGUCCUGAGAAGUUGGGAUUCAGUUUAUCGCCUUUGCUUGACAGGUGAAAGAAGCCAUCGCGACCCGUUGUAAUACCGGAUGUUUCAUCUCUCGCAGACGACAAUCAGAUGGACAAUCUGUUUUGAUGCUGUCGAGGUGACAAAAGACGCCACGUCAUACGCCCAGGCGUGAAAGUGUGUUGCCUACAACUCAAAGAAACGCGCUGCUGUAUUUAAGACGUCGAUUCAGACCAACUCUCGUUUUCUAUGCGAGAUUUCAACAGUUGCAGACGUGCUACCGUGGAUGUGACAGAUAAUGUUAAUCAAGUGAUAGUGACAGGUACCUGUAGGUGUAGCAGACGACAGUUUAACAUCGACUAUUCUUCAACUUUUGAUAUCUUCAACUCCACACUUGAUCAACUUUGAACAAACAUUUCGCGGAUUUUAGAAUACUUUUAUAACUUUUUCACUCAUCCUUGCAUUCGUCAUCGUCGACGACACUUAUGCAACUUUUGAAAGAUUCAAAAACUGUUGCCGGUGUAUUAUACGGACGCGGAUUGACUCACUUCUAAUUCCAAGUUUGUUGCACGCUCGAGUUAAGAUUGAUAACUUUAAAAUUCGAUAACAUCUGCUAGCAUUUUCUGGUCAUCAUAAUCAUCGGCACUAUCAGAUCUUUGUCUAGAUUUGGACCAGGGAUUCUCAUCCAAUUGGACUUUCUUGACUUUGCCGAUAAGAACUCUCAACUAUUGUGCCAGUAUCGUGCAAGCUUAUCUAUGAAGGAGACCAAGAUCCCGAUCAUGGAAGGACUAAGCCACUUCGUGUCAAAGUCCUUCGACCCUUCCAAAAAGGAGAGGAGUUUUGAGGAGAUGAACCAGGGGUCUAUUGAUGAGGAGGAUAACAAGAUGGGUGAGGCGGAAAUUGAUGUUGUUGCGGACGAUGAUGAUGAUACAGAGGUGAAGAAGGAAGAACCAGGUUCGCCCUUGCAGGAGAGGAUGGAGGUGCCGCCACCGCAGACAGAGAACGGGGUACCUUCACCGCAGCCGGAUAUCACAAUAAGAGAUGACACAGACAAGAUGGAUUCUGAAGACGACGACCAACCCAAGCUGAAACAGCGGCGGAGCAGGACAAACUUCACAUUGGAACAACUGAAUGAGUUAGAGAGGCUGUUUGAUGAGACACAUUACCCUGAUGCCUUCAUGAGAGAAGAGCUCAGUCAGAGGCUGGGCCUCUCAGAGGCCAGAGUGCAGGUUUGGUUCCAGAACAGGCGAGCCAAGUGUCGAAAACAAGAAAGCCAAAUGCAGAAAGGAAUGUUGCUUGGUCCAAGCUCCCCACUGGAAUCAGGCUGUCGCGUUGCCCCAUUCGUCAGCAUGCCCGCCAUGCGUAUGGCCUUCGAUCGUCUCCAGCCGCCACCACACAUAGGGCAGGCAGCGUGGGAAGCGGCAGCAGCUCACCUUCCGUUCCACCCUGCCACGCCGCCAUUCCUCUUUAUACCACCACCUGCUCAUUACGCCGCCGCUUUGCAUCUUUCGACUUUAUCGGCGGCUGGCUUUACUACAGAUGUUGGUGUCGGUCGCUUGGACAAUUUAAAUGCAACCAAAAAUAGCAGUAUUGCGGACUUGCGGCUGAAAGCAAAAAAGCACUCGGCGACUUUAGGUAUAUGAAAGAAUGGACCACUCAUCGGAGAACACAAAUAAUUGGAAUUCCUCUCCUGUACCAAGACGGGAUUGGAACACGAACCAGUUCGAAUGGUAGCUCCAUCUUUCGGAUGCUUGCGUAAUCAGGAACUGUAUCGGUGAUAGGACUGUGCCUUUAAGGGUAACCUCAGUGACUUGAAAUGAUAUCGGGACUGAUGGCUUGACUCGUCUGAGUGCGAAACUGCAAAAGCUCCUGGUCGUUCAUCUGAGAGUCGUUUGCAGAGGUUGCAAAUGGACAGUUGCUCGUGAAAGUGGCCACACAUGAAGUCACGACGACAAUGAUUAUGUAAAUAAACUCUAAAUAACUAUGUGAUCUUUGUGAACAGUUUUGGUGACGUAAGGUAUUCGAUAUGUGCCAGUGGUGGAGAAUGUCGUUGUCUUCAAAUAAAGUUAUUCCCAAGACAUAAACGAGAAGAUCUCGGAGAAACCGUAGAGAACGUAGGCCUAUUUUCGAAAAGUUUCCCUUCCAUCUAGCUUGGACAUCAGACAACUGUUCAGGCUAAAACGAAUGAUAUGCAGCACAUAACAACAAACCGAACUCGACAUUGAUCAGGAAAUCUUCCAGUAUUCACUACGCCCCGCCCCCUUAUCACCUCUCACACUCAUCCUGACCCAUCGUACACAGAACAGUACCCACCAUCAAACAUGUAUGUUUCAACAAAGUUGCACCCGGAGGGCCAGCAUAAUUAUUAGAUUGGUUACUUGUUCGUCUCUUGCUGUACAACGGCUGUUUGUUGCAGUCACUUUCGUACCUCAGAUUCCAUGUUGGUAGUGAAAUGUGAAUUCGUCAAACUGAAAACUACACGUGAUUGAUAAAGCAAGUGAUCAUAAAAAACAAAGGAUCUGAUGUUUUGGUGACAUUUCAGAUGUUAACAGUCAAGCUUCAUGUACAAAGGAACUGCAAAUAAGUAUAUUGCCUUUGCCGGAUUGCUUCUGAAGCAGUGUUGCGAGCAGUGGUCAACUAUAUUGUGACCUUCAACACUCAUCGAGGUCAUCCAGGGUCCAUUUGAAGUGCUCUGUCCGUUAAGUUUGUCAAAAGAUACAUCUCACAUGUGUUUACGCAAGAGAACCUGACAUUUUGUGCACUUGGUGACCUUUUAACGUAAAUAGUCGCAGUGCACGAGCUGGGUUUAGCAUGAAUGAAAUAAAAAGGUGUCCACUUCAUAUCCAGGUUGGUUAUUGCAUUAGGAUGUGGCUUUGCUUGGCAUAGCAAAGUCUUUAUGAUUUGGAUGCCGGGCGCUGAGGAGUGUUGUUGGCCUGCGGUGAGGUCGCAUCAGAGUUACCGCAGCUAUAUUAGGUGUCUUGUUUAGGAUUACCAAUGGGUCAAAGCAAAGUCCUUACGGAUAAAGUGACGGUCUUAUUUUCAACAUCAACGCCAGUCAGUCAGUUGUUGACAAGGCAAUGGACACCAACUGUAUCAAGCGGAAGGAAGCAUGGUCGGUCUGAGAGAGAGAUGCUGCCAUUUUCGGAGCGUCUUUUAAAGGGUCUUAGGCCUGGCGUCCGAUGUAAUCUAUAAACUAUUUUUGCAAUAUUAGUGUAAAGUAUCUGAAUAUAAUAUUAA